AUGCUCCUUUCCAACGCUUUCCUCGUCAUUAGCCUAACCCUCAGCGCAAGUCUCGAAUCUGGAAGUGCUUACUCUCUUUUCCGCCGAACAUCCAGUUUCUUUCCCAGAGACUGGGAACCAGAAAUAUGCAACCCAGACUUUGAGGGCUCAGCACUCUCAGUGGUCGGCAACCACGGAGAGUGGGGAGCCGAAUCUAUCGAGCCUGGCUCCCACAUUAUCGGCACUAGCACACGUGGGGCUGAGAUCGCCAACGCGGACUUUCAUUUUACGUUGACGCAUAAUGGAGAGACUCCGAGGAGAUAUGUCAUCCAGGACGUUGAUCACGCUGAUUUAGUUGUUGGUAUCGUGAAUAACAAGCUCCAGCUCCAAAAUCUGAACAUCAGUGACCCGACUCAGAUUUGGAGCGUUCAAUGCGAGUUCUGCGACUCCGGCUUCGCAGGAGAAGAUGCGUAUCUUGCCGCGUAUGACUGUACCAUCUCCUCGCCCACGACGGAGGAGUGUGUUGAGCUGGGAUUGAAUAAGACUCAGCCGUUGACGCUGGUUCCGUGUAGUAGGAGGGACGAAAAGCAGCUCUUUCAGUUUUGGACUGCUAAUGCGACAGCGCGUGGGGAAUGA